UGUAACAAGUGAUUAAAUGAAUUUUAAGGUAUGUAAUAUAAUCUUUGUAUAUUCUAUAAUUUUCUUCAGCUCAAGCUUUCCCUGGAGCCACGUCAAUGGCAUAUGCAGAUAACAUCGCAGAAAAAGAAAAAAUAAUAAUUCCAUCCAAAAAUGGAUUAUUUGUUACACCAGAAGGGGGGUGGUUCAAACAAAGACGAACAUUUCAUGUAGUCAAAGGAAAAGAAGCUGAAAAUACUAGUCUGAGAGAGGAAGGAAUUGCUAAUAUCAUGAAAAAAAUUAGAGAUCAGAAAAAAGCAUGCGCACAACCACAGAAGAGAAAGAUUGAAUCUACAUUCUCCUCAUAUGAAAAGUAUACACGGAAUCGGAACCCAAGAAUACGUGUGGGUUGGCGACACUUCAAGAAUGAUACUGGUAGUUUUAAGCAGGUUUUUUACAAAGAUGGAGGAGGUGUUAGAGAAGUUCCUCUGCCAUCCCUAGAUAUUGAUAUUAGAGCUGUUAUUCACCAUUCAAAGGAAGUCAUUUUUCACACAGGAGAAUGUAAAUACGGAGAUGUUAAUCAGAUGGAGCUGAGUUUGGGUGAUUAUGCAGGAAAGAUAUUGAAGAAUUUUGACAUACAGGGAGAUGACAACCAAUGCUUUGGAAAAUAUUUGCAAGCACAUGGGCUCCAUCUUUCAAGAUGUACAUUUUACUUAAUGACUCAAGAGAGGAUUACGUCCUCAGUUGAUAUUUCCAGUGACAUUAGUGAUCCUGAAAUUUCAGACAAGAAAACCUUGGGUAGAAUAAAGACGGACAGAAAACAGGAUUCUAAAGUAGAAGAGCUUGAUCUGGCAUCCCUUUCUGUUCAGCGUCAUCUUGUGCCCGUUGAUUUAUCUGGUGCUGUCUGUGAAAAACAAGCUAUCAGUAUUCAAUAUGCACGUGAAAAUACUUCGAACUAUGAUAGCGAGAGUAACUUGAUAAAAUGUCAUUCAAUUUUAGAGUGCCAAAAUAUUUCGUCAUUUACUGAGCAAGUGGAUGAAGAUGAAGACUACAAUCCAUGUUUGCAUGGAUUUUUCAUAAGCAGGAUCAGAAUAGGUCAAAAGUGUUUUUUGGAUUGCAAGUUUGAAAGAUCUACUCAUAAUGGUAUUUUAGAAAAGACUGUCCAAUUCCCGUCAUCCCUCAAAACUGAAAACAUGGAAGGAAUCAUUCUUCAUGAACCAAUUGAGAUCUGGGGUUAUGAUGGGGAUAAAUGUGUGCUUGGAGUUGUUCCUAAUGCAGAUGAAAAUGUCGAGUAUCAAUGGUUUAGAGAUGACAUUCCAGUAAAUAAUGGGGAAUGUAGCUUGUACAUUGUCAACGAACCUGGAACAUAUACGUGCCUGGUUUCAUAUGCAGAUCUUCAGCAAAAGUCCAAACCAAUCAAAAUCAUUUCUAUUGAGAUAAAUGGAUGUGAGACUUCAGUUGAACCAGCAGAAUCUGUCAAACCAAAUUCAUAUUCUAAUUCAACUGAUUUAGCUGUAGUAAAAGACUUUCCUGUUUCAAAGAAGGUUAGAAUUGAAAACUCUGAUUUGGUGAGAAAGCCAGAUGAUUUAGAAAAGAAGAAUUCUUCAUGUGUCAAAGAGAAUUUGUGUUUUGCUGCUCCUGAAGUAAAGGUUGAUGACCUACACAUAGACUAUUCAACUGCAUUAGGAUCUGGGGCAUUUGGAACUGUGUACAAAGGCAAAUGGGCAGGAUCAGUUGUUGCAGUAAAGACACUCACUGUUACCAAAAGGAAUCGAAGUAUAAUGCUUGAUAUGGUAGAAAAAGAGAUAAACAUCAGCUCUAGGAUCCGUCACCCAAACAUUGUUCUAUUCCUGGCUGUAGCUAGAGCACCAACCACAAUUUAUCUUGUUCAUGAAUACAUUGAUGGUUGUAAUAUGGAAGAUGCUAUUUUUGAUCAAGAAACAAGGCAGCUGAUGGAUAUAAAACCUGGGGACAAAUUGUUCAUUCUUAGUCAAUGUGUACAAGGUGUGGCAUAUUUGCAUGCUCUAGUUCCUCCCGUAAUUCACCAAGAUAUUAAACCCAGCAAUAUCAUGAUUAAAAAGGUUUGUCAUACUACCAAGCUUUGUGACUUAGGAGUUAGCCGCAUAAAAUCAGCCAGAGCAGCCAGUAUGUGCACUACCCAAAUUGGAAAUGCCUGUGGAACACCGUCAUACAUGGCCCCAGAGUGUUUGAUUCACAACGAAAAAACUAGGAUAAGCUCAGACAUUUGGUCCCUUGGUAUUACCUUGAUUGAAUUUGCAACUGAGGAAGAUACUUGGUCAGUAGAUGAUGUGGUGGAUACAGUGGAUGCCAUUAAGAAGAAGAUGACAGAAAAAGAGCCCCCCAUCCCAAAUGUUAAUGUCAUAGGUGUACCAGAAGAAGUCAUGACCUCUAUAAAACUCUGUGUAAACUAUGACAAAUUGUUACGCCCAACAGCUGAAGAUGUUUUAAAAUGUGUGUCUUCAGUAUAAAUGUGCCCCUUUCAAAUUGGAAGGAAAGUAUCUUGGAACUGAAAAUGUUGGAAAAUAAUUCGUUUGAAUCAUAUAUGAAUUCCUUUGUUAUAAUUUGUAUAUCAAGAACUUUGUCUAUUGCUUUGGGUAAAAAAUGUCAGCAAUACAGAAAUUUUCAAAAAUCCAGUAGGGCAUCUACUGUCUAUGAAUCUUCUUUUUUAGUUUCAAAAGUACUUAAUUUCAUUACAGUGAACUCUUUAAUUGUUUGUAUUUUUGAGAGGAAAAUACCUUUAAUAUGUUAAAAUGUUGAGAUUUUCUAUCACUAGAGGUACAUGUUGAUUCAUCACUACAGAAAAUGGUGCAAUUUUUUUUUUUACAAAGCUGCAUAUGCAAGUUUUACUGGAUAUCUCUUUUAGCAUUGUAUGAGUUAUGUAUGACAUUGUGUCUUUUUUAGUUACUUUAAUUUUUAUUUUUAUUUGUUUUAUGGUUUUUGUAGGUCACCUGAGUCAAUCAAAGGAUGUACUGCUAUUUGUUUUUCUUCUAUUGACAUACAUUGACCUUUAACAUUUGAACAUCCAGAUAAAUUGUUUAAAUUAAAUCAUGAACCCAGGGUCAGACGUUCUGUUAUUAGGAUGGGGCUCUUUUGGACAUGGAUUUUACUCUUUAAUUAAAGAUCAUCCUUUCUACUACUGAUACUGGGCAUAUAAUAGGAAAACUAAGUGCAUAGUUUAAGUUAGCAAAGAGCUGUUCUUGAUUGGUGAAAUUCAUGACCCUAGGGUAAAAUACUGUUUUAAUUUUGAGAUUUACAGCGUUAAUCUCAAAACCUUUAAACUGCCUAUUGUUUAUGUCAUACAUGUUUUUCAGGUCAUACUUACUCCAAUGAGUCACAAUUGUCCAUCUACUAGACAUUGAAUGUUACCAAAUAUUUUAAAAAAAACUUACAGCAAUUAUUUUAAAAACAUGCUAAUUUUUUAUCAUGUUUUU